AUGGAGCUCGACUUGGGUACAGUCUCCGCCUCAAGGCUGUUUGCCAUGUACACCUCAAAUCUCGUUUGGUCCCUAUUUUUAACGUCUACAGCUCUUCAUGCAGUUGCUCUCAUUACUAGUCCUGUCCAAGCAGUCUACAAAUGGGUUCGACGACAAAGCAGCGACAGUGAUACACCCAUACCAUACAUUUGUGCAGUUAUUGGGUCAGCGUUAUGGCUCCGGUAUUCCGUCUUUCUCCGCGACACAAAACUGAUUCUUCUGCAAACUUAUGCAGUUUCAAUGCAACUAUUUUUUGUGGUUGCCCUUAUUUUCUACCGUACCAAAAGACGAAAGUUGAUUCGUCUCAUGACUGGAAUUGCAGCAGCAAUGUCUUUGCUCUUCCUCUACAUUGACAAUUUGAACGACGAGGACGGAAAAGAAUUCACUGGACGCAUUGCAUCUGGCGCACAAAUCGCUGGUUCUCUCGUCUGUCCCUACCUCAUAUACAAAGCAAUCACGUCAAAGUGCAUAGACUUCGUUCCACUGGCUCCAGUGGUCUUCACAUGGGUUAUGGAGCUCCAUGCGAUUGUUUACAGUAUUGGGAUUGAUGAUUUUUACAUGCUGUUAGCCAACGUUAUAUUCUUCUGUAUGGACGGUUCACUUCUCUCGAUGUUCUUCGUAUAUCCCACAGAAAAGAAGAAGAAAAACUUGAAGUCACCGAUUCCGACGGUCAUGUAA